ACUCCAAAAACAAUUGAAUAGAAGGAAGUGCUCGUCAUUGACUUUUCCCCUGAAGGCGCAUUUCCUUUUUUUCUGCCUGAUCUUGCUCAUCUGAAUUUUAGUGGCAACAUGAAGCCGCGUUGACUGUAGAAAUGAAUGCGUUUUUCUUGGUUGGAAUAUUGACGUUUGUGCCUUUACCUUCUUCGGAGGGUUUCCUUAUUGCUCACGUCCACAAAGGGCUGUGUCUGUUAAACGAUAUUGUGCUGGUGAAGUUGGGUACAUGCAAUGCGACGAGUCCCAAUCAACAGUGGACGUGGACGCAGGAAGACAAACUUCUCCACGUCCACUCGUCCAGGUGCCUGUGGGCAGACAUCUCCAGCUCCCUGCCCAGCCACGCGCGCUUGGCCUCCCUUGGUAACUGUGCCGCCGCACCGAGCUGGAGCUCCUGCGAGGCCGUGGGUCUUCUCGGGGUAGCAGAUAGUCCCCUCUACCUGAAGAAACAGGGCCAGCGUGUCGUCGUAAAGACCGGAAAGAAGUAUUCAAACUGGACCAAAUACGAGGUCGACCCCGGUGGAAAGGUAGUCACGGGGAGUCUGUGUGCAAAGAAAGUCGCUCCCAGCACCCCUGAAAACCCCACAGUAUUCAGCACUAAAACAGAUCCUCUCCGUGGGCUGACUUCGACCCAAACUACAGGAGCGCCUUUGUCAACUGCAGACUACACCACAGACACCACCUACACAACUGAACAGUAUACCACUGCUGAUCCUGUGAAAUGCGCCGUGAAUCUGACUGAGACUAGAAUCUCCACGGAUUCCGUCUUCUUCAAAUGGACGAGUGCUGGAAGGUCGUGCAAUUUCAGUGUCAUACACACCCAUAACAAUUCCAGAACUGCAAACUGUGCUCGAACCAUAGGAUACAAUGAUACGUAUGAAUGCGAGGUUAAAAAUCUGGAGCCUGGAACCGCAUACGACCUGGGGAUAUUGUCUUCCACGGAUGGAGAGCUGACAAACACCUCACUUCAGACAGAUCCCAAGGAGCCAGAAAACUUUAAGAUCAAUCAGGAGACCCUCAGCAGUACUAGCCUGCAAGUGCAGUGGACAGCAUCUCCCGGCCAUGUGGGCUGGUAUAACGUCAGUCUGCUGGGCACAGACACAGGCCAGGAGCAGAGUGUACAGGUCCCAGGGAGCGCCUCCACAGAGGCCACAUUCACCAGCCUGAUGUCUGGCAGCCGCUACACUGCGAGCAUAACUGCUGUGGCUGGACACAAGACCUCGGCUGCUCUCCGCACUGCCGGAGCUACAGUUCCCUGUGCCGUGCCGAAUCUCCAGCUCUCCAGAGUCACUGGCGGCCUGUCUGCUUCUUGGCAGCACGGUUUGGGGAAGGUGGACAGAUACAGAGUGCUGCUGAAGGAUGACAAGAGUGUGAUUCUGAACCUGACUCUGGAGAGUAGUGCCACCACCUAUACCUUCCCAGGACUGGUCCCGGGACACCUCUACAAUCUCACUAUAAUCACAGAGGCCUCGGGACUACACAAUGAAUCCUUCAAACUGGCCAGGACAGCCCCAGCUAAAGUCUCAGAUCUGAAAGUCUCAAACAAUGGUAGCCUGGAUACCUUAACUGCUACCUGGAGCAGAGCCGCAGGAGAUGUGGAGUCCUACACCGCAACGCUGUCGGACAACAGUGCAGCCCCACAAGGGAGGAGCUUGCCUCCAGGCACCUCCCAAGCUGUGUUCAGUGGUUUAGUAUCUGGGCGCCUUUAUCAAGUCACUGUUAGCACCAGAAGCGGUGAAUUACAGAGUGAGGCAGUGGCCACAGGCAGAACUGUCCCUCAGAAAGUUUCCCAGUUGGAGAUGCGGGCUCUUCAGGGCUGGCAGAAUGCUCUGAGAGUGACGUGGGCUCCCCCUGCUGGUGAGUGGGAGCGCUACCGUAUUCUGCUGCUCAACAACUCCGUUGCCAUAGUGAACAGCACAGUGGACAAGAACACAAGACAGUACGAGAUCAGAAACUUGGGCCUCAUCCCGGGGCGGCUCUACCAGGCAGCGGUUAUUGUGGAGAGUGGAGACCUGAAGAGCAUUGCUAAGUGUGAAGGCAGAACAGCUCCCCACCCUGUCCUGCAGCUCAGUGUCAAGCAUGCUGACGAGACGUCUCUGAGCGUGACGUGGGCCGCCCCCAGAGCAGAGUGGGACGGGUACCUGGCCACCCUGAAGCACAGGGACAGCACGGUGACAGAAACGAAUCUACAGAAACACCUGAAGGAGUACACCUUCAGUGAUCUGAUACCGGGAAGGAAAUACACAGUCCUUGUGACAACCAACAGCGGGGAUCUGAGCAAUGGGACAACAGUGGAGGGGAGAACAGUUCCAUCUCAAGUCACCAACCUGACGAUCAGCAACCAGGGCACGACGGACAGCCUGCAUGCCACGUGGGCACGGGCGCGGGGCGACAUUGAGUCCUACCGGGUCCUGCUCAUCCACGAGAGCAUCGUCAUCAAGAACGAGAGCGUGUCGGCAGACACCGCCGGCUACCACUUCAACUCCCUCAAGCCAGGCAGCCUCUACAGGGUGGUCGUCACUACUGUCAGCGGGGUCAUCCCCUCUCGGCAGACUGUGGCAGAGGGGAGGACAGUUCCCUCUGCGGUGGGUGAAGUCACAGUGAGUAACAAUGGGAGGACUGAUUUCCUCAGUGUCUCGUGGCGGCUGGCCUCUGGGGAUGUGGACAGUUACCUGGUGACCCUGAGCCACCGCGAGAGAGCAGUGCACGCCGUCACGGUGUCUAAAACCAACAGCAAGUGUGACUUCAGCUCCCUGAUCCCGGGGCACCUCUACAACAUCUCCAUCACCACGCGCAGCGGGAUCUAUGAGAACCACACCUUCGUGCAGGAGCGCACUCGGCCUUCCAAGGUACAGUAUUUGAGAGCCAGCAACUCUGCGAGAAGCGACUACCUCAUUGUGUCCUGGCACAACGCGACGGGGGACUUCGACAAUUACCAAGUGAUCAUUAAGAGCAGCAGCGACUUCAUUCGGACCAGCACCAUCCCCAAGUCUCAGAACGAGUGUGUGUUCCACUCCCUGGUCCCUGGGAGACUGUACAUCAUCACUGUCAGCAAGAGAAGCGGGAAGUACGAGGCCAGCGAAACAACCAACGCACGAACGUUCCCAGCCGCAGUGAGGAUGCUGACUCUGGCCGACAGGCACACCGAGGAUCUGCGGGUCACCUGGUCCCCUGCUCCCGGCGACGUGGAUCGAUACGAGAUCCAGCUCCUCUUCAACGACAUGACGGUGUUCCCUUCGAUAACGCUAAGCAACACUGCCAGGGAGUACCAGUUCACCUCACUCACGCCGGGGCGGCUCUACAAGAUCGUGGUGCUGUCGUUCAGCGGGGAUCAGCAGCGCUCAGAGUUCGUUGAAGGUCGUACAGUCCCCAGCAUGGUGAGGAACAUCCUGGUCUCCAACAAUGGGGAGAUGAACAGUCUGAAGAUCAAUUGGACGCCCGGGGGAGGGGAUGUAGACAGCUACACCGUGACCCUCUUCCAGCAGAGCCGGCUUGUCUCCUCACACACCGUCCCCAAGCCGGUGCUUGAGCACAGCUUCCACCAGCUGGAGGCUGGCGAGCUGUACAACAUUAUGGUCCAGUCCAACAGCGGCCACCUGCACAACAACAACACGGCCACUGGGAGGACUGUUCCAGCCCCUGUGACGGGCCUGGUCGCUGAUAACAAGCACACCAGCUGCAGCCUGGUUAUGAGCUGGCAGGCUGCUGCAGGGGUGGCGGAGGGAUACAAGCUGGAGCUGCUCAACGAGGAAAAAAGCCUCAUCGCAAACAGUUCCGUGCCUGCCUCUGCACGGCAGCACAGGUUCAAUGAGCUGACCCCUGGCAAGAAGUACAAGGUCCGAGUGAUCACUGUCAGUGGUAUGCUGUACAGCAAGGGGGCGCUCACGGAAGGAAGAACAGUUCCAGCAGCGGUCAGUGCGUUAAUGAUCACCGGGAACAGCACAGAAAGCUUGUCUUUCGGCUGGGAGACCUCCGAGGGACAGUUCGAGGCCUACGAAAUAUUCCUGUACAACCCCGAUGACACCCUUCACGACCGCAAAUCUGGGACAGCCAGCCUGAGGCAGUGCUCAUUCCAUGGGCUGCUGCCAGGGAGGAUGUACAAGAUGGCUAUCGUGACGCGCAGCGGGGAUCUGACCAACGAGACCUCCAUUCAUGGAAGGACAGUCCCGGCCCCAGUGACCGCACUGCAUGCUCUGAACAAAAACCAGACCGACAGCCUGUGGUUCACCUGGAACCAGGCUGCAGGAGACCUCUCCGGAUACGAGAUAUCCCUGCACAACCCUAACGGAACACUGCAGGACAAGCGUGACGGCAACAAAGCCCUGCGAGAGUGCCUGUUCCAGCACCUGAUCCCGGGGAGGCUCUACAGAUUGGUCAUAGCCACCAAGAGCGGCUAUCUCACCAACAAAGCCAGCGCCGAGGGAAGGACAGCCCCACGACCUCCCAAGUCUGUAUCAUUUGCGGACGUCACAAACACGUCCCUGGAGAUCUCGUGGACGGCCCCUGAAGACACCGAUUACGAGGACUUUGAGCUGCAGUGGUCUCCCCAGGAUCCCCUCUCCGUGAUCAACCCUUACCAGAUCGGCAGGUCCGGGAGCCGCAUCCUCCGAGGGCUCUACCCGGGGCGGCUCUACAACGUCAGCGUGCGCACAGUCAGCGGGAUCCCCCUGACAAACAGGGCCUACAGCCAGCCCAUCUACGAAACCAUACGAACAAAACCUGAGCGCAUUCAGCACAUCCACUGCCGACCCCAGAACUCCACGGCCAUCUCCUGCUCCUGGAGCCCCCCUCAGUCAGACUACGACGGCUACAGCAUCGAGUGCUACCACCAGGGCUCCCGCGAGCUGGUGUACUCCCGCCGCACCGGCAAGGACAGCUCGCCUUACAACAUCGCCAAGCUGGAGCCGCACAAGCGCUACAUCGUCUCCGUCCAGGUGCUGUCCGACAAGAUGGUCAGCAGAGCUGUGGAAGACAGCGUAAUAACCAUGAUUGACCGUCCUCCCCUCCCACCAGACAACAUGCGAGUGAAUGAAAAGGCGGUGAAGAUCACCAAGUCCACGAUCUUCUUCAAGUUUAACUGCAGCUGGUUCAGCGACGUCAACGGGGCAGUGAAGUACUUCACUGUGAUAGUGAGCGAGGCAGACGGCGUUGAACAGGUACAGCUGGAUCAGCACCACCCCUUGCCCUCGUACACAGACUACAAGCUCAACGCUUCCAUUAAAGCCUACCAGACCAAUUACUUUGCCAGCCGCUGUGCUGAAAACCCUGACAACAGCAUCCAGAGCUUUGAGAUAGAUGUGGGGGCGGGGCUGGAGAGCCUCGGAGGGAAGUGCGAGCCAGAGCAGCAGAGGUUCUGUGACGGGCCACUCAAGCCCAGGACUGCCUACAGGAUCAGCAUUCGAGCAUUCACACAGCUUUUUGACGGGGAUCAAAAGGAAUUCGCCCAGCCCCUUUUUACAGACACCCAUUUCUCUGAGCCCAUAACCACUGAGUCAGAGCCGCUAAUAGGCAUUGUAGAGGGGAUCAGCGCUGGCUUGUUCCUGAUUGUGAUGAUGAUUGGUGUGUCUGUUCUGUUGAUUUGCCGUCAAAAAGCGAGGAAAAUAAAUAUGCAAGAAAGGCCGAGAAUGAGUGCCCGUAGAGAGAGACCAGCGUCGGUCAGUAUGCACGUGGGAGUGAAAGGUAAUCGACGCAUCUCAAGCCCCAUCACAAUCUCCCAGUUUGAAAGCCACUUCACCAAACUGCAGGCUGAUUCCAACUACCUUCUCUCAGAGGAGUACGAGGAGCUAAAAGAUGUUGGUCGAAACCAAUCCCUUGACACAGCACUUUUACCUGAGAACAGAGGGAAAAAUCGAUACAACAAUAUACUGCCCUACGACACAACCCGGGUGAAACUUUCCUACGUGGACGAUGAUCCCUGCUCUGACUACAUCAACGCCAGUUACAUUCCUGGCUGCAACUCCCGAAGAGAGUACAUCGCCACACAGGGGCCUCUGCCCGGCACAAAAGAUGACUUCUGGAAAAUGGUGUGGGAGCAAAACGUCCACAAUAUCGUCAUGGUGACCCAGUGUUUAGAGAAGGGAAGGGUGAAGUGUGAUCACUACUGGCCUUUCGAUCAGGAUCCCUUGUAUUAUGGAGAUCUCAUCGUCCAGAUGUUAUCGGAGUCUGUCUUACCCGAGUGGACCAUCCGCGAGUUCAAGAUCUGCAGUGAGGACCAGGUGAAUGUCAGCAGGGUGGUUCGUCAUUUCCACUACACGGUGUGGCCGGAUCACGGCGUCCCUGAAACUACCCAGUCUCUGAUUCAGUUUGUCCGGACUGUGAGGGAUUACAUCAACCGCACCCCAGGCUCCGGAGCUACUGUGGUGCACUGCAGCGCCGGUGUAGGAAGGACAGGCACGUUCAUCUCCUUGGACAGGGUCCUGCAGCAGCUCGACUCCAAGGAUAGCGUGGAUAUUUAUGGGUCCGUCUCUGAGCUGAGACUUCACAGAGCUCACAUGGUGCAGACGGAGUGCCAGUAUGCAUAUUUACACCAGUGCGUCAGAGAUGUCCUGAGAGCAAGGAAACUACGGCACGACCAGGAAAACCCGCUGUAUCCCAUCUAUGAGAAUGUCAAUCCUGAGUAUCACAGAGACAUGGUGUAUGCAAGACGUUAAGGAAUGGACAGCCAGCCUCCCUUUUGAAUCAAAGAAAGAAAAAAAAAAACUCUCUGAUGCGGUUUUCCCAAUCCACGCACUUCAGAGUUACAAGGCAAUUUUUUUUUUUUUUUUACAAUGUGUAUAGAUUGUUAUUUGCCUGGUGGUCUUUAUAAAAGAGUUCAGGUUAUUUAAGUUUAAUAGAGAUUAUUGUAUAUACUUGCAUAAAUGGAAUAUAGAUUUAUGUAAAUAUGUAUUUUUUCAUAUUGUUAAUGGCCUUUGGAUAUUACUUUCAUACUGAAGUUGUGUUUACUGUACCAAAUAAGCUAUUAUAAUCUUUUGUACAUAAUUGUUAGAGCUACCGAGAACAAUGGCUAAAGGCACUUAUAUUAGGUUAUUCUGUGGCUUUAAAUGCUGGUCCUUUCAUUUUAUAAAAUAAUACAAUUGCUAUUCCUGUGUGGGGAACUCUUUUGUCAUCGCAGCAGGUUCUGAAAGGGGAAGUGAUGAACGAACGAUCAUGAGUUUGUUGUUUGUCUGUUAAAACAUCUAAAACGUCAGGGAGGGUUAUAUUUUUGGUAUUUUAAUAUAUUUAGAUCUGCCACUGCAGGAUGAUAAAAACCCCUGCAUUUAGAAUUUAGAAUUGUACCAGCUCAUUUAGCAUUUAGAAGUGUAACAGCUCUAUGUGUUGGCUGUGUUCUCGCACGUUGACUUUAAUAGGACAGAAAACAACCCUUUUCACUGCUGAAGAAUGUACCUGUGGGAGGUUUUCAGUCCCACAGUUUCACACAGAAAAGGCUCUUAUUUUGCUCGAUUGGCCGAAUAAUCACGUUCGAUUUCCCCAUUUUGGAUUUCAUGCCAGACAGCCGAUGGAUUUAGCUAUUAAAUUACCCACGUGUCUCGAAUGGGUGAAGAAAACACUUUAUAUUACCCCUGUUGAAAUCAUAUUAUUGAAAAUAAUGCGGCUAAGCCAUUUGCUGUUACCCUUAUUACUGUUACCCUUUUCCAGAAUGCACUUCAGAUGAAUUCACUGCAUAUAUAAUCCCCCAAUGUUGAACCUGCAGACAGAACCAGAUUUAUAUAUGACCUCUCGUCUUUGUCAGAGGAGAGACUGGGAUUACUCCCUGCUAGAUUAUCUGGGGAAUAGAUCACGGAACAGUACUUUUCCAUUAUUUUCUGGGGUUUUUUUCUUUCUAUUUGAAAUGUAAUUAGGAUGGCCCAUGUGAAGCUGUGUGGUAAAUUCCUGAAACUUUUUACUUUUUUUUUUUUUCAUUGUGUGUCAUCCACAAAUCUUCAGGAGGAUUGUAAUGCUUUCUUUAAUCUCAGUGAGAUUCAGGAUAUCAAUCACAGCACAACUAUCACAUGAGCAAAGCAUGAAGGUUAAACCCGUGUAGAUGAGCAAUUUAAGAGCCUGCAUUAAAAUAUAAAAUCUCAGGUGCUAGAAAUGAUUGCAUCCCUUUUUUAUAUAAAAAAGAUACAAUGCAUGAGCAUAAAGGUUGGUAAGCAGCCAUACACUAAAUAUGUAAACAACCCCGAUUCUCUUGAAGAAGAUGUUGCAUACUGUAAAUAAAACACAGGAGACAACAGAGGCAUUCAGGACUGAGUUCUAAACACUUCACAGAAAUUCUUCAAGACCGCAUUUACUGUAUUGAGGGUGUAGAUGUUAAUGUUAAUGUCUAGCUAUUUCUUUAACAGUUGUGGGCACUUAAAAAAAAUCAUUAUUGUGUAUCAGUUUUGUUGUUUUCAAGCUCUAGCAAUUAUGUUACUUUUAAAGAGAAAGUGUAAUAUGCAGUUUUAAUGUAAUCAAUUAUGUAGCCAUGUGUAUCGACUGGCAUCAGCUUUUUACAGAGUUAUAUAAAUUAUAUGUUUUUAAACACAAAGUAAUGUAUUUUCAGUAAACAUGAUGAAUGAUGUCAUGCUUACCAUCUCAGAAAAAAUAAUUACUGAAUGCUGUAAAAUGUGUCUCUCUGAAGAGUAAUACUGUAAAUAUCUGUGGGUUUAGUAUAUACAGAACACAUGUGCACACAAAAUGCACAGAUAUUUAAAUGAAAUACAAUACAGUUUGGGGGAAAUAUGACGUGUACUACGAGUGUAAUCUUAGCAUAUCUGUAGCAAACAAUUUUGGACAUGGUCUACUUAUAAGGGGAUUUGCACAGACAUAGAUUAAUACUAAUCUGGGACUACCUUCAUAUACAUUAGGUAGGUUUAAAAAUACCAUGUUUCAUAAGAUUGGUUUUGACUGUUAUUUUUUGGUUUUACCAAACUUUAACCAAUUCCACUUGAACCAGUUUCAUUUGGAGAUUUCUUUUUCCACCAAGGAACUGAGAGCAUAAAGAUUAUUUUGCCUGUCUUCAAGUAAAGUUACUGAAGGUAGCAUUAGAAUGUAAAGCUGGACUGCUGUUUUGUGUUUGCCUUGAAAUUGUAAUAUGUUAAAAUGUUGCCUUUGCAGAUAUACACUGUCUCUUUAAAACAUACAUUUUAUGCCGUAUUUAGGAAGCUUCCACAUGGUUUCCUGUUAAAACAAUCUAUGUAUGUUACAUAAUAAAUAAUAUUAACUGUCCUUGAUAUGUUCUGUGAAUAUAUUCAAAUAAAGCUCAGAUAAUGACAUUAA